AUGAUCCCGCGUCACGCUCACAAGCGAUCGCUGUCUUCGGAGUUCCGAGGCCUCUCCCCCGACAGGAUCGUCACCAAGGCCAAAUCCACUACCGAUCUCUCCGAAACAAUUUCCAAAAAUGCUUCCAAAUCCCAAUUGGGCAGAUACGACGAGGAGGAGAGUUUUAACACCUUGCAGGACCCUCGAUUGGCUAUCAAAGCGGAGGUUUCACCUUCGACGUCAUCAACACACCACCCUGACCUGAGCAACGAGGUCGCAGCGCUAAGUGUGAAACUGAUCCAGGCGAUCAACAAUCAAACCCAUUUGGAUGAUAGCUUGGGUGCCACACGCCAGGAGCUUGAGUUGGCCCAAGGCAAAGUACAAGCGCUAGAGUUCCAGAAUGAAAAGUAUCGACGCGACAUCGACGACAAAGUCUACAUCAAAAAAUCCGAUUCCGACCGUGAAAUAUUGCAAUUGAGAACUGCCCUUACGGAGGAGAGGACGCAGCGAAUGACCGUCGAAAAAGGAAAAAAGCAAAUUGAGCAGGAACUUGAGGCUCUGACUGCCGAUCUUUUUCAGGAAGCCAACAGGAUGGUUGCUGCAGCCAAGAUUGAACGGGAAGCGGUUGAAAAGAAGAAUGAGCAAUUACGAUCCCAGAUCAAAGACACCGAGUUGCUCCUCGCAUCGCAUCAGGAUCAGCUGGCAGAGCUCAAAUCAGUCAUGCAAGGGAUGAACAUCUCCAAGGAUGACUUGGAAUCUCGUGCGGCUUCCACGGCACCAUCAUCACCAGCGCGGCCCUCAACUUCGCAGGAACCGGAAUUGAACCAUAUCGCUGUAACCCCGUGUAACCCCGAGGAAGUCAUCCCUGGCCCUUCGUGCAAUUACCCCGAGAUUCUUCGGAUGGUGUGCCGGACUGAUCUGCAAGCCUAUGAUGACUUCCGAGAGCUGCUCACGCUUUCCCGCAGUUCUAAGCCUCCUAGUCGCGCUGGAAGCGGCUCAUAUGCAGGCUUGAAUGUCAUGAGCUUAGCUGGCUUUGGCUCUGGCUCCGCCUCUGCAACCAACUCACCCACAAAGAAUCUUGCUGGCUCCCCAAGUAGCUUAGCAUCUCAACUAGGGUCGCACAUUCCUUUGAAGGACACCCGAUUUUAUAAGCGGGUGCUUAUGGAAGACAUUGAGCCUACCCUGCGACUUGACAUGGCUCCUGGGAUUUCAUGGCUUACACGACGCACAGUUGUAAGCGGCAUCUGUGAGGGAACCUUGGUAGUCGAGCCAAUGCCAACAAACACAAAGAAGUUUGAAUUCCCUUGUACCGUCUGCGGUGAACGCAGAACCGGUCCUCAAAACGAAAGAACUCACCGUUUCCGAACCUCGGAGAGUGAGACAGCGCAGCGGUACUCAUUGUGCAUUCAGUGUCUAGAGCGUGUUCGUUCGUGCUGUGAGUUUACUGGAUAUUUGCGACUAAUCCUGGAUGGACACCUCAAAGCUGGUGACCACGAAGAGGAGAAAGACAUUUGGGAAGAAACAGUCCGACUCAGAGAGCGGAUGUUCUGGUCUCGAAUUGCGGCUGGCAUUGUUCCACUUGUUCGCCGGGCCGCCGAGCCUGAAGCCGAAGCCGAAGCCGAAGUGGAAUCCACCGAAUCAAAGGUGAAUGUCUCAGAAGAGAUCUACGAGAAUGGGCUCCUUCACCCUACCGACAACACCAACCUCGAAUCCAAGUCAUAUGAUGUGUCUGGUUCUGGUGAGUCUACUCGUAGCCAGAGAGAUUCAAGCAUUUUUGCGCCUUCUCUUCCUGACUUUGAUAUGGCCAAGCCCGGGACACCUGAUCCUUACAAUGUUCAGAAUGGGAACAUUGAAGAUUCCACAUCCGAUGUGCCUGAAAGACGAGGUUCCGUUGAUUCCGAUAUCAGCAUUUACGAAGAAGCCAGCGGUAUUGCCGAGACCGAAUACCCGGAGUCUGAAGAAGCAAAGACUCCAACAGUUCAUGAAAAUGAAAGCACUGAGACUGAUGACCAAACGAGUCAAUGA